AUGCUCAGCUUGAGAGCUGUAGCUAGGCACAAUGGCAUCCUACCAUCCGCUCCACGGCUCUUCCAAGCAAGCACGCGACACAUCCAGACCAAGACGGUGACCGACGGAGACAUCCUCAGACUUGCUGCAAGACCACUGUACCCUCUUACGCUGGCCGACCUCUGCAAGCAUGGCCGUCCACCGCUCUCGAAGCAAGCUCUGCUCAACAGCGCCAACUUCACCCUCGAGAUCCUGCCCUCUCGUCUGGCCCACCGCAUUCAAAGCCUGCGAGCUCUGCCAUACAUCGUGGUAGCCAAUCCAAACGUCAAUAAGAUUCACAACAACUACGUUCACUCCUUGUCCACAUUACUGCCAUAUGCAGAGACGAAGAUCGACAGUCUGGAAGAAGAGAUCAAGUUUACCGAGGUCAUGGCCGAUUUGGUCCAGACACACAACAACACCAUAGCAAUCCUGGCGCGGGGCUUCUUGGAGGCGAGGAAAUACAUCUCGAAGGAUGAGAUCUCGCGCUUUCUGGACGAGCAUCUCCGGGCAAGAAUUGGCACGCGCUUGAUUGCAGAGCAACACAUCGCUCUGCAUUUCAGCAGUAAGCCUCAUAUGGACAUCUCCGACAACCCACACCAUGCGCCUCCCUCUUACAUUGGCGUCAUCGACACAGCUCUGAAGCCUGCCGAAGUUAUCAAAAAUUGCGAACACAUGGUCGGUGAGAUAUGCGAGCUCAAAUACGGAGUUCGGCCAACGAUCACCAUGAUCGGAAGUCCCGAAACCACCAUCGCGCACAUUCCCAUGCAUCUCGAAUACAUUCUCACAGAACUUCUCAAGAAUAGCUUCCGCGCUACGAUCGAAGCGGGACAAGAAAAAGAGCCCAUCGAAAUCACCAUCGCGCCAGCCCCAGCAGCCGAGGAAGCCACCUCCCACAUCAAGCGCCAAAGCCAACAACAGAACGACAAAGACUCCGGCGCUCCUAUUGGAGCCAUCAGCAAUUAUGAUCAGGGCAGCGUUGACUACGCAUCCGGUUCCAACAAACCAGAGCAGUCCAUGUCCGCCAACAUUCGACCACUGGAUAAACAGACUCCGGGUGUGACAAUCAGGAUCCGCGAUCGCGGAGGUGGAAUCAGCCCAGAAAAUUACGCCAAGUUAUGGGAAUACGGAUUCACGACCUUCAACGAGGAUGAGAUGAUGGAGAAAGUUAGUGGUGGGAGGAGCAACGUGGAUGCGCUGGACGCGAUUAGUGGCAGUGCUGCUGGCGGGAGCAGUCUUGCCGGACUGGGGUACGGGCUACCGCUGGCGAGGGCUUAUGCUGAGUACUUUGGAGGAGGCAUUGCGGUGCAGAGUCUUUGGGGAUGGGGAACCGAUGUUUACCUCAGCCUUAGAGGCGUCGGAAAGAUUGAUGAAUAA